AUGGCUGCCGGUCUGAGGAAGCGCGCGCCGCCGGGGGCAGCCCGGGGAGCGGACCCUGGUCCUGCGAGGGAUGCUGGAAGGAGAGGAGGAGGAGGAGGAGAAGAAGAAGAGGGGAUGUGUGCAAGAAGGAGAAGAAAGAGCAGGUGGCGGAGCAGAGGGGUGGGAAUGCCUGCAAAGUGUACGCUGUCUGCGGGGAUGUUUUUACUCCUGCUCCGGUGUUCUUUGGCCGCAGAGGAAAAGAACACCUACGAUGCCUCUGGCUCCUCAUCUUUAUCAAGCGACCCCGCAGUCCCAGCUGCUCCUGCCCAUUCGUCGGGUGACCAGCGGGUGCCUUUUGCGGUCCCCAACUCAGAGGCUGGCUCAGAAUCUGAGGGGCAAGGUCUACCGGGCCUACCUGCCUUUUCGUCUGUCUUAACUGUCAUGGGGGAAUCUGUCAAACACCCAGAGAGCCUUGGUCGUAGUCGAACUUCCCCGACGCCGUCCACAGACGUCAACAUCACCCAAUGGCCUUCACACAGUUCUAACCGAGACUCAGAGACGCCGUCUUCAUCAGCCCCAGGUAGUUCAGUGGUGGAAACGCACAAGUUAACCACUGGGACAUCCAGAGCUUCUGUGCCCGUUCCUCCCAAAGAGGCAAGACCGCCCCCCUCGAAAUCUGUGGGAGUGACUUCACCGCCUGGGCCCACUGAGAGAACAUCUCAGGUAUCACCUCUGACUGCUGGUCAGGACACCACAACAGCCUCGGUGAAGCUCAGCACCACGAGCGUGGCUGCGAGCACCACUAAAAGAAUGCCCCGCGGUCCAACGCCUUCGCAAAGAGUCACCACCACGCGGUCGACCCCCAUAACCUCGGUGCUGCCUGCGACCGUCACCUGGAAAACAACAACCACCACAACCGUCAGGGCUCCAUCUACUAGGAGAAUUUUCACACCAUCCAUCCUGAGGACGAGCCCACCGAGGGUAGGCACUCCUGUCUUCCUCUCCCCUUUCACCACUACUACUGAAGCUCCGCCUCAGCAAUGCAACAUCACGGAAAGAAUGUGGGUGAGAACAGUCGUGUCCAUCUAUGUGAGGAGGAACAGGCUGGACAGCAUCCAGAGGCAGAAUCUCCGCCGGGGACUCAGUCAAGGACUCCGGAAAGCUUUGAAUGAUAGCACAGUCCAAGCGCAGGUGGAGACCGUAUUUGGUUCGCCCAACAUGACGGUGGCUUAUCACGUGACCGGAAAGGACAUGGUCUACGUCCCCUCCACGGUGCUUUCGGGCUUGGACGCGUACGGUCGCGAUAAGCUGAUUGCGGACCUGCGGCAAUACCUGCCCAUGGUUACAGCGCUUCCCGUUCCCGUUGCGGUGUGGAGAAGCAGCCCGGCUCCUGGCUUCCAGCUGAAGACAGUUCUGCAGUUUGUGGGAGCUGCCGAUGAUCCGCGCUCCUGUCAGUUUUCCCAAAUGAUGGAAGAGAGGUUGGAGAAGGUUUUUUCUGAAGCAAAGGCCAAAGCCCUCAGCGACAACAGCAAACUCUCUGUACAGAUGCUGAGCGUCUCCCAGGCUGCGGGCUCUCCUGCUGUGUCAUUGGUUUACAGUGUGAAAAAUGGGACCGUCUUUCUUAAUGGCACCACUGCUUCAAACCUCCUCGGUCAGCUGUCCUCCGAGCUGGUGGGCUACUUCCUCUUCUACCCGCCGCUUAUCGUCGCCGAACCCCUGGAGUAUCACAACCUAAACACCUCUAUCGCCACCAGAGACUUUUGGGUAAUCACAGUAAUCCAGGAUGUGGAGAACGCCAGCCUGGCUGAACUGUACCAAAGCUUCGCCAGUCUGAUGGAGCAGCGGCUCGCCGAGCUGUUUGUGUUGGCAGGCCGGCAGGGCACUCGCUUCAGACGCGCCACCGCUGUAGGCAGCUACACUGUCCAGAUGGUGAGUGUCAGACGUGUGCCGGGAUUGAAGAAUCCAGCAGAGAUGACCUACUACGUGCAGCACAACGGCAUUCCAUUAGCGGGCGCGGCAGCCGCCAAGGUCCUCAACACGGUGGAUUCUCAGACCAUGGCGCUCACCCUGGGCUACUUUGUUCAGCUGCAAGCAGAACCCGUGGUCAAGAACCCUCCAAAUAACCUUUGGAUCAUCGCCGCGGUGUUGGCGCCCAUAGCUGUCGUGACGCUCGUCAUCCUCAUUAUCACAGCUGUGCUGUGCCGAAGAAACAAAAAGGACUAUAAAGCAGAUGCCAUCGGAAACCUUAAUCCCCGAGCUAAGAUGGCGUAUCGAAGGGACGUCAACUACUAUCACCAGCCGGUUCAAGGUUUUGACUACGCGAAGCAGCAUUUGGGGCAACAGGGAGGCGACGAGGAGACCCUACCUGCCGGUCAAGAUACUUUGAUGCUGUCCCUGAAAAUUCGAGAUGCACCGCUUUCCCUGGAGAAGUCCUUGAAACAUGAGGUCAACAAGGCCAACCUCACCAGUGACAAACACAAAAGCAAGUUGUUUAGCGAGGACGGUUCCGUCAUCAGCAGCGAAUCAGAGCGGCGGAAUUCCGUCCGCGGCUCGGCGGCGCCGAAAGUCACAGCGCAGCAGAAACCGACGAAGGAGGAGACGCGCAAGAGAGACGAUCCAUACGACACGUCCUCCGGCUCCCUGCAGCUCAUUUCAAUCAAGCCCAUGACGGCUCAGCUCAGCUACUCGCAACAUCUUUCCUCUGAGCGCGACUCAGCCAUGCUGAACGGAGAGGUGAACUUGGCUCUCAAGCAGCAGUCGGAUAUGGAGCACUACAGGAACAAACUGAGGGUCAAGGCCAAGAAGAAGGGUUAUUAUGACAUUCCACCCAUGGAUAACAGCAGCUAUACUGGCUGGGCCCUCUCGCAAAGACAGCAGCAGCAUGGCCACGAGAAGCCGGAGCCUGAGGAGGAGCGAAGUUCCACCUAUGUCAAAUCUCACGUGAGGCACAAUCAGGUAGGGCAGACAUCGUAUCGCAGCAGACAGAGCCUGAACAGUCCAAGUCCUGGGGGAACUGAGAUGGAUUUGCUUGUGAUGAGGGAGAGACCCAGGAAAGGCAUCCGGAACAGUGGCUAUGAUACCGAGCCCGAGUUGAUAGAAGAGACCAACGUGGACCAUUUGAUGGAUCAGAGGGGCUUUGCGUACGGCUGCGGCCUGAAAGGCCAGUCACAGACGUCCACGCUGAGCUCACAGCCGUCCAUUGAUGAAGUGCGGCAGCAGAUGCACCUGCUCCUUGAGGAGGCGUUCAGCCUGGCCUCGGGGGGGCACUCCACAUCCGGGAGGCACUCCCACCACCGCCGCCCCCCACCCGAUCAAUACGGCGCCGCUCCAGCUUCACUUCCCUAUGCAGAUGCGGUGACCAGUGCCCCGGGCACCAUGAGCUGCGGUCGCGGAGGACUGCAGUGGACCCCGACUUAUGGAGCAGACAUGUACCAGUGCAGUUUACCCAAACCGGCCUUUCACUUCACCCAGCUGCCUGAUAUGGCAAUUAGCUCUCCUCCUCCUUUACCACCUCGCACUGGACCACCUCCUGGCACCUCCUUAAGACGUUCCAUCUCUGACCUGGGGCCCAAGGGAAGCAGCUCUCAGACAUCUGUCACCGAAAUGCAGACUCCACAUGACAACAACCCAUACGGGCCAAGCUCCAGGGCGGCACUUCCAUCCAUCACGAUAGAGCAGCCUGUGUCCAACUACUCAGGAAACCCAAUAACAGCCAUCUAUUCCAUCCCAGCCAGCAGGGCGGGCUACUCGGACUAUUACGUCUCCGCCUCCCCCAAUUCCUACCACAGUCCCUCUUGGAUGUCCUACCCACCUGAACCGGAAGAUGUGCCGCAUCAGUGGGCAGACUCUCUUCCUUUACCGGGUUAUGUCGAGGCUUUCCCCCAUCCUCGCUACCCACAGGGGAGCCCCUCUUUACUCCCCCUACAGUACACUCAGGCUCUGGACCAACAGCCUGCCGCCCAGAGCACAGCAUCCCAGAAAAGCCCUCUGCAGGUGGGGAAGGACACGGACAGCAUACCCUUGAGCAACCUCUCCACGUCUGCACUCGUACACGCUAUACGGCAAGAGGUGGCCAAGCUGGCAAAGAAGCAGAGUGACAUGUUUGAUUUCUAGAAUGGAUCCCACCCCUUUGUCCCUCGGGAAUUAACGUCA